GAAAAUCAGCAACAGUUUUUGACGUCACCGAUAAAGGAUUGCUGAGGUAGCUAAAUCUGCCUCUACACCACCGGCUCUUCAGAUGCGUUUUAAACGUCGGAAGUUACAGAAACACGGGCUUUUAAGCAGAUUUCGUGAUGUCUUGGGUAAAAGCUGCGUCGUCCAACGCUGAAGACGUGUUCGACGAGAAUGCGGACGAUCUUUAUUUACAGAGUAAAGAGUGGGCAUCCAACAUGAAGAAACGGAUCAAGGAUGGUUAUGUGGACGGAGUGAAUGCCGGAGAGGAGGCCUCGCUUCAGAUGGGGUUUAACAUGGGAUUCAGAGAAGGAGCAGCUCAGACUGUGGCUGUGGGUCGACUCAGAGGCAUUGUGAGCGCUGUAUGGUGUUGGUACCAGGUCCAGCAUCCAGAAAAGCCCGUCCCGUCCCGUCUGAUCGACCUCCUGCAGCAAGUGACGCAGCACCAAGAGGGAAUCAUCGACGGCAUCAGGAAAACUCUGGAGAAUCCUCCUCCCAGCGUGAGCGACGUCUCUGAGAGCAUGGAGGAUCUGGAGGUGAAACCCGCAGGUUGCGAAGAAACGGACUUCUGCAGGAGUGAACAGAAAAUGGACCUGCAGGGUUCUCAUACUCAGCAGAAUCUCCGCUGUGAGUCCGGCUGUGCCGCCUCGGGGUCAGCUGGAGGUCUGGACCUCCUCGUGCAGCGUUGCAUAGAUCUGGCUUCAGAGCUGGAGCUGCCGCAGGAACUGAUCAGCCACAUAGAGGAGCUGAGGAACAUGUGACAAUACCUGAACUGCUGUGAUCUGACCAGGAUUGAGAGACUUUUCUACACAAAACUGAAAUAAGUUUCAUGUAAAUACUGUACAUUAACAGGUUUUCUAAGUUAUUUUGGAAAGUUUUGAAUAUAAAAAAACAAUGUUUACCACAA